GACCCACCUUAUCUUCUUCUAUUUCUUCGCGAUGGCAGGUCCCUUCACAGAUGUCGUGACUACAAACCUCAAGCUGAGGAACCCCUCAGACAGAAAAGUAUGCUUCAAAGUGAAGACCACUGCGCCGCGGCGGUACUGUGUACGGCCGAACAGCGGUAUCAUUGACCCAGGGGCCGCAGUCACUGUCUCAGUAAUGCUGCAGCCGUUUGACUAUGAUCCAAAUGAAAAAAGUAAACACAAAUUCAUGGUGCAGACCAUUUUCGCACCACCCAAUGUCCCAGACCUGGAAGGAAUGUGGAAAGAGGUGAAACCUGACGACCUGAUGGACUCCAAGCUGCGAUGCGUGUUUGACAUGCCUUCUGAAAACGAUAAAGUGAAUGACGUUGACGUAACCAAAUCCGCCUCCUCCCUCCACGUCUCCAAGUCGGACAGCACGUCGGCCCCCAAGCCCGUCAGCACGUCCCUGGACGACACGGAGAAGAAGAAGCUCCAGGACGAAUGCAAGAGGCUGCAGUCUGAUAUGGCAAGACUGGCAGACGAGAACAGGCAACUUAAGGAUGAUGGUGUGAGACAGAGAAAGGCCCUGCGACCUGACAACAUGGUAUCAAACACAGGAGCCAUGAUGAGCAAGCAACAGAGCUCCAGUUCCCUGCCGUCGCUACUUGUUGUCAUCGCCGCCAUCUUCAUUGGAUUCUUCCUAGGGAAGUUCAUCUUGUAGAUAACAAGAGGCGAUUUACGACAGUCUGUCCACCUCCCGCUCCCCCCCCCCCCUAACUCCCUUUCUCCAGUGUUUUCCAAACCUGAAGGGGGGUUACAAAAAAGAAACAAGAAGAAACGACAAAAUGCCACGUGUGUUCUCAUUCAACCCAAAGUCAUCAGUGGUAAGGUGGCCCCCUGUGGUCCACACACACUUGUGUACAAAAUCAUCGAAUGGGCCUCUUUCUCCUCCUCCACGUUACACGGUUAUUAAACAGAAGUGCAUAUACACACACAUGCUCAAAAACACACACACACACACACACACGCACGCACGCACACAGGCACACAGGCAAACAAACACAUACAUGUGUUCUCACAGAUGAGCGGAAUGAAGUUUAUCCUAUUUUUUUUGUUUUGUUGUAAUUUACAGUUUGUUUUGUGGUGAGGGAUUGGGUUUUUCAAGGGCUGGGUGGGAUGAGUGAAAAAAGGAGAAAAUCUUCCAUCUGUCACAGCAUCAGUAGCAGGAUAAGGGCGAGGUACUGUGUAGAGACCUUGAUGGGGAAAUUCACAAAAACAAUAAAUAAUAAAUUUGAAUUGUUCUCUCUUUCUCUCUCUCACUCACUCUCUCUCUCUCUCUCUCUCUCUCUGUCUCUCUGUGGUUUUAAUGAGAGUGGCACGGAAUGUUUUAAGUGUCUUGCACAUGUUAUUUUAAUCUGUUAAAGAAAUAAUAAACCAAUACUCUAAAGAAAUACAUAUAAAAGACUGCUUCAUGUUGCUGUAUGGGGUUUAACAUCAAAAUACUCCAGUAAGUUCUGAAAAUGUUUAUUUUUCUCAAUGAAUGUGAAGACCACCUGGAAAAAGGUGCCUCUUCCCCUGGACAUUUUAUUUUUCUGAUACCACAAUGAAGCAAAAACAAGCUUCCAAAUAUUAUUUGUUCUCUUUAAGAGUUAUCCUUGCAUAAAUUGACUAUCCUGACCUGUGUGAGGCAAAUGUUGACUGAAGAACUCCAUGCUUUACAAUCCUGUCCUAUGGUAUUUAACAUGAAAUAAGAUUAAAUAAAAUAUCUAACAUUCUUUAA